AUGGCUGACCGGAUUAGUAAUUUGCCUGACGUAGUGCUCUCUCACAUCCUCUCCUUAGUCCCAACCAAUGUAGCAGUUGCAACGAGUGUUCUCUCCAAGAGGUGGAAACUUCUAUGGCGCUCCGUUUCGACUCUCAACUUCAACCACAGCCACCAUGACGACAACAACCACGAAACCUGUUCCCUCUUUGCUCAGAGGGUGCACGCAUUCAUCCUCAUGCACGACAUGGACCAACCCUUCACAAGAUUCUGCCUCAGUUCUUCUUGCCCUCUCGAUCCCAUUCAUGUGAACGCAUGGAUUUCCGCUGCAACGCAACACAGAGUCGAGCACCUCGACCUCUCUCUGGGUUGUGCGGUAGAAUUGCCCUCCUUCUUGCUUUUCAGCUGCAAAACCCUUGUGGUGUUGAAACUGUUGAAUGUUGUUUUGUCGUUUAAUAACUCUUGUUGUGUCUAUCUUCCCCGGCUUAAGAUCCUGCACUUGAGCAGCGUCGCUUUCUCGAAAGAUAGAGAUCUUGCGCAGCUUCUUUCUGGGAGUCCUAAUCUUGAAGACUUGGAAGCCAGUGAUUUGAUGUUUAAAAGCUACGUGGUCGAAACGGAGUUUAGAAGAUUGUCCAAUUUGCUCCGCGCCCAUAUAUUUACACCAGAGUUUCCCUUGGAAGUUGUUGAUAAUGUUCAGUUCUUGCGCAUAAAUUGGAAAGACCACAAUGGCUUCACUUCUGAGUUUCAAAAUUUAACCCACCUUGAAUUCUUCUCUUAUCGUGGGGGGUUUUUCGUCUUAGAUUUGAUCAAGCGUUGCCCCAAACUUCAAAUUCUUACCAUUUAUAAGGUGGAUUCUGCAUUAUUUGCUGAAGGCGACUACCCGCAAUCUGUUCCUAUAUGCAUUUCAUUUCAUCUUAAAAUAUGCACUCUUAAACGUUACAAUGGCUCAAAAGAUGAAUUUCGAUUUGGUGACAAAAUAAAGGUGAAAAGGACUAAAACUGAGAAGUAUUGGGAUUUGGAAUUAGCCAAUGAAACGAAGCCAAUAUGGGGUGAGGUUGAGUUUAGUAGUAUUUUGUAUGUUCUGGGAAUGGGGCCUCUUAACAAUGAAGAAUUCCUCAUAUCCUACGCCAAGGCUGAAAACUGA